AUGUUUAAACCAUGGCGGAAAUUAGAGGAUCUUAGAGAUAGUUGUGAUACUUAUGCGGAAUCAUUUCAUAAAGUAAAACUGCAUCUUACGGAGGCAUUGCAAUACCAUGAAAAGCUAGAAGAAUUAAUAAAAGCAUUUGAAACUGCGCAAGAGUUAGUUCGGCAAUUACUAGAUGAAGAAUUACAAAAAAACGUGUCUCAGGAUGACCCUGACAAUCCGAUAGGCGUUCAAAAUAUAGAAGCUGGUGAAGCAAUGCAAGAUUUUAGAGAUCUUGAUAAUUCGAUAUCACGAUUGUAUGUUAGCGGAGAAGGUGGAACUGGAAAGAGUUUCUUAAUUAAAACAAUUAAGUGUUGGAUAAAACAAUAUCUCAAUAAAGAUACCGCUAUAGCGGCACCUACUGGCAUAGCAGCGUUUAAUGUAGACGGUUUGACAGUUCAUAGAUUGCUUCAAUUACCUGUUGAACAUGGUUUUACUCCAAACUAUAAACAAUUGUCUGAUCAUGUGUUAAAAGUUUUACGAGCAGAUCUCAAGGAUGUUGUUCUUUUUGUGAUUGAUGAAGUGUCAAUGAUAUCUAAUUUGACUUUAAUGUAUAUACAUCUUCGAUUGUCUGAAAUAUUUAAUACUAAUGAUUGUGAAGACGGUUGGUUCGGUCGAAAGCACAUUCUUUUAUUCGGCGAUCUGCUUCAAUUACCUCCUGUACGUGAAGAUCCUAUUUUUGUACGAUUACCAAAUGACAAAAUUAAUAAAUGUGUGGGUUCUUUAACUGCUGUUAAUUUAUGGACUACAUUAUUUGAUUAUGAUGAGUUGACGAUCAAUAUGCGUCAGCAAGGGGAUAAUUCUUAUCGACAGUUGUUGUCAAGAAUUCGUAUUGGUUUAGUGACAAAGUCUGAUUGCGAGAUUCUUGAAAAUCGAAAAAUAUCGUUUAAAGGUGAUUCUUUUGAAUCUAGAUUAAACGAAUUAUGUAAUUUGAUUAAUGAUUUUCCGUUGGACAUUGUUUGUUUAUUGCCUACUCGUCAUACGUGUGAUGUUCUUAAUGCUGCAAUGUUAAACCGCAUUGCUUCGAAAGAGAUAUUAUUAAUUGCCCAAGACACGAUUGACUGUAUACCAUAUGUGAGAAAGAAAGUAUCAAAAGUAUUAUCGAAUAAUGAUGAUGAUAAUUCUAAAACUGCUGGACUUUCAAAAGAAAUUGUAAUUAAGAUUGGAGCAAAAGUUAUGAUAAGGCGUAAUAUUGAUGCUACCUUAGGUCUUGUGAAUGAUACAAUAGCUAAGGUAAUUGCAGUUGUACAAAAUACGUCUACCGAUGAUGUAGACAAAAUAAAGCUUCUUUUACCAUCAGGAUUAGAAUAUUUAAUUGAAAGAGUGAGCGUUAAAUUUGAAGUGGUGGAUAGAGCGUUUGUUACUAGAAAACAAUUUCCAUUGUGUCUGAGUUAUGGAAUUACCAUUCAUAAAAGUCAAGGAUUGAGCUUACAAAGUGCUAUCAUGGACAUAGGCAACUCUAUAUUUAAUUGUGGUCAAGUUUAUGUUGCAUUAUCACGAGUAACAUCUGUAAAAGGGUUGCAUUUAGUUAACUAUGAUCUUUCGUCAGUAACAGCUGAUGAAAAUGCUAUUAGGGAAUAUAAUCGACUAAGAAAUAAGUACAAACCAGAAGCAGAAAUAAUUACUGUUGCACAAGAAUGCUAUCGCAAAGAGCUCCAUCGUGUUGAUAAAUCUACUUCUGCCGUAUGUCGAGGGGAACAUCUUCAAGGAGCAAUGGAAGUUGAUUCUGAAUAA